AUGUCUCAGAAGGUCACCCCCGCUGCAGACUGCACCUCGAAGUGGCCAUACCCUCUGGAGAGCGAUGGCUGGUUCCGCGCCCACAACGCCCUGCGCGCCGACCUUGCAGCCCUCAGCAGCAUGCUCAGGUCAUUCCAGCUGCAGCUAGCCGCCGGCAUGGCGAUCACCCGCUCCCAGGCAGCUAGGGCGUACCGCUUCAUCUACUGCUUCCUCAAGUUCCUGCACCACCACCACCGCAACGAGGAUGACAUCGCCAUGCCCUACCUGGCCACCCGCUUCGCAAUUCCAGAGAAGAUUGUGGCAGGCCACGGCCAGCUGGAGGCGCUGAUGGAUCGCUUUGACCUGGGCACCAAGAAGCUGCUGGCCAGCACCAACCCAGCAGUGCAGCGCAACCUGCUGGUGGAGGCAGAGACCGUCUUCAUCCAGCUGCGGGCGCUAUGCGAGGAGCACUUCCGGGAUGAGGAGGAGGAGGCGAUGCCGCUGAUGCGCCGCCACUUCACCCCCAAGGAGAUUGAGCGCAAUGUGGUGCAGAAGAUCAUGCGCAGCAUGGACGGCGAGGGCGUGGGCGCCUUCCUGCGUCCCAUGAGCAAGGCAGAGCGCCGCGCGUUUGCCCGCCAGGAGGGCAUCCCGUUCUUCAUCCGCUGGAUCCUGUUCCGCCACGCCGCCAAGUACGAGCGCAACGUGUGGCAGCCCUUCCAGCGGGAGUGCCUGGCGGCGGUGCGCUGCACCAGCGCACUGCGCCGGCAGCACUGA